AUGGGCGCGUUAGACGCCAUUCGUGGUCGCGAUGACGGCGGAAAACUGACGAGGACCUUGAUUGAUGCACAGAAUCUCUCGGAUGCAGAGGGUAAGAAUGACCACACGGCCACUUCAAUUGCCGACAACAAUCAAUCGAGCUCAAUUAAAGAGGAGACCGAGGUGCGCCAUGCGGGAACUCCCAAUUCCUCAGAAGAGAUCAAUGGGGCGGACUACGACGAAAGGGAAGCCGACCGUGACCCGACUCAUGUGACCGAGCAGGUGGAACUGGGUCAGCAAAAGGCUGAAGCUGCAGCUCUGGUUUGGAGUCGACCCGUCGCGUUCUUGAUAUAUGGAUGGAUCUGGAUUUGCUUCUUCAUGCUGGCAUUGAGCUCGUCGAUCGGCAGCAACUUGAUCAACUAUGUCUUCUCAGACUUCCAUCUUGCACCACAAGUCACUACAUCAUACAUUCUGUCUGCAGUUAUCGGUGGCGUUCUUAAAUUGCCGCUAGGUAAAACUCUGCAGCUCUGGGGCCGUGCAGAGGCUCUGCUCUUCUCGACUUCUAUCUACAUGCUGGGAAUGAUAAUCUUGGCGGCUUGCAAUGGCGCCAAUGCGUUUGCAGCUGGAUACGUUCUCUACUGGGUUGGAUAUAAUUGCACAUAUCUGAUACUGGACAUCUUUGUCGCUGACACCUCUGGGAUGCGUUCUCGUGCAUUUGCAUUUGCGUUCGCGUCCACACCAUUCAUCUGCACUGCCUUCACCGGCCCUCUGGCGGCCACUUCUAUUCGAGAAAAUCUUGGCUGGCGCUGGGGUUAUGGAAUUUUUUGCAUCAUUCAGCCGUUUGUGCUUUGUCCCCUGGCAUUUGUGCUCAAAUAUUAUGAGCGCAAGGCAAUUCGAAUGGGUGUCUGGGAACGCCGGUCCAGUGGGCGUACAAGGAUCCAGUCCAUUAUCCACUACAUCCACGAAUUUGACGUGAUCGGCGCAUUAUUGCUUAUGAUCGCUUGGGUGCUCUUCCUCCUCCCAUUUAGCCUGGCCCAGUAUGGCCUGGCUCAGUACAAAAGCGCCAGUUUUAUUGCCAUGGUGGUUAUCGGAUUCUGCAUGCUAUUCGUCUUUGCGGCAUGGGAGAAAUGGGGUGCCCGUACCCACUUUAUCCGAUACGAGCUACUCCGGAAGCCCACUGUCAUAGGUGCAUGUGCUUGCUCUGCGAUCCUUUAUUUCAGUUUCUACCUCUGGGAUCAGUACUUCUUCAACUUCGUGAGCAUCACCUAUAACCUCGACUCGACUUUGACCGGAUACGUGAGCCAAAUCUACAACGUGGGUUCUUGCUUCUGGUCUCCGAUUCUCGGUCUUUAUAUCUGGUGGACCCGGCGGUUCAAGUAUGUAUGCUUGUUCUUCGGUGUCCCCUUGAUGAUUCUAGGCUCGGGCUUGAUGAUAUAUUUCCGAGGAGAGAAUCAUGGGAUCGGCUUCCUUAUAAUGUCUCAGAUUUUCAUUGCCUUCGCUGGUGGCACCAUGGUGAUCGGUGAAGAUAUGGCUGUCAUGGCUAGCGGAGGCCGUGAGGGCACCCCAAUAAUGCUGGCUUUGAUUGGGCUAUCUUCAAGUAUUGGUGGUGCGAUCGGCUAUGCCGUCUGUGGCGCAAUUUAUAACAAUGUCUUCGUCGGGGCUUUGAGAAGUCAUUUGCCCGAUGAUCUAAAGGCCAACGCUACCCAAAUCUACACUGCUGGCAUUCAAAUCCAACAAACAUACCCCGUGGGGUCUCCAUUACGCGAUGCAGUUGUUUACGCUUGGAGUUAUUCCCAGAAGAUGAAUUGCAUUGCCUCGACCUGUGUCUUGGUCUUGCUUAUCCCAGCAGUCGCGGUUUGGAAAAAUUAUGACGUUGGAAAGAAGCAGAACAAAGGGACCAUGGCUUUCAAGUAA